AUGCUCGAGCCCAUUACCAUCUCGGCACAAAUUGAGAUCGCAGCCUCGCCAAAGAUUGUCCGAGCAGCAUUCCUGGACUUCUCUCGUGUUAAGAAGACCACGGGAUGGGAGAUUGAAGUCAAGGGCCCCGCCAAAAAGGAGACCGAGUUAAAGAAAGGAGACCGCGUCAACGUCAACAUCAACGGAUUCAAAUUCUCUCCGAUCGUUCGUGAAAACUCCCCUGAGAUGUUUAUGUGGGAUGGAACUAUUCCAGGACUUGGCUUUAUCCUAUCCGGAAAACAUCAUUUUUACUUCUUGCCGAGCGAAGUAAAUACGGGAGGCACUACUCUUAUUCAAAAAGAAUACUUCACCGGUCUCGUAACGAUGGUCUGGCCUGGGAAGGACACGCAGAAAUGGUCAAUAGAACAGUGGAAUGAGUUUAAUGAGGCAUUUAAGAAGGACAUUGAACAGUCUUCUUCUUAG